CAGUGUGGGCGAGCAUGGAACCGAGAUAAAGACUCGCUUAUGGCUCCAGGUCGCCGCUCGGCCAGCCAGACGGCGGCUCGCUUGGGCGGUGGACCCGGCUCCUCUCCGGCCGCGCCAUAGUCGCCGCGCCGCUGGCCUGGGGAGCUUUCGGCGGGGCGGCCGUGAUGUGGACACGAGCCCACGAUAUUCGCAAAAAAAUCGAAGCUGAGUGAGAGGGAGGCCGCCGCGACACGUUCGGAAAUCCUUGUGAGGAUGUGGCACGCGCGGACUGUAGUGGUGGUGGCGGUGCUGGCGAUGGGGUUGUGCCCGAAGGGGCCAGGCUCCCGAUGAGGCGCUGCGGGCUGGUCGAAGGCGCUACAGAGUGAGUCAGAGGCGUGCAGGCCGGGCAGGUCGUGGCCAGUGAUUACACAGACCCUUCAGUGUCCUGCAGGAGUGCAGGCCGCACUGCAAACAACAGUCCCAGGCCACGUGAGCGGUUUGGGCCGGGCCGACUGCAGCUUCUGGCAAAAUCGUCGUGGAACAAAGAUUAAAAUAUCUGGCGCGAAAAACGAGCGAGUGAGCGAGUGAGGCUGCGACUCGGGGCCCGUACUACAGCCGGCAUCAGUGUUGUGUUCUCGCGGCGGCCGCGCCAGAGCUCCAGCCGCUGGCCGAGUCGCUCCUGCUCGGCGAUGGGGAACUGCCGCCUGCUCCUGCGGCCGCGUCACCCUCUCUCCGGGCUCCCUCCGCCCUACCCUUUUGCCCAAGGACUACUCAGGGCGUUAUGACAUGCCGAGGGACGUAUUAUCCCGACGGAGGUGAAUGGUCUGUCGUAAGAGGCACUGACGCGUGAACGGAGACCAGGCCUCUUGGCCCGAGGCCGCCGCGACUUCUCGAGGGACACACGCCCAGAAAGAGACGGACGAGUGCGGGAAGGGACGGAAAUAGAGACACAAAAAGAGAGGAGUGGAGAGAAAGGGUGGGGAGUGGGGAAAGAAAAGAGAGAGAGAAAGCGAGAAUCGAGACUGAAAGAGAGUAGAGAGAAGACACGAGACCCCACACACUCACACACACGCACACACACAACACGCACACUCACAUGCCUCCCCCUUCUCUCCCCCACCAUGUGUUAUACAGCAACAGAUGGCGUGCACCGUAGUCCCCCCAACACGCGCCCGGAUGCCGUCGCUGCUCGUCUGAAGGAGUGUGUCUUGGUCUAUGAACUGGGCGAACUAUUCUUGACUUUAUUAAAACGCGGACGAACACCCUCGCAGGCGAACUAGAUGUUGAAGGCGUUUCGCGGGUUCACAGGGUCGGAGCCAUGGCCUGUUUCCCGUUCAUGUGUCGACCAGAUGUAGUAGACGAGGAGGGGUCAAAUGGAGUCGGGGCAGAAUUGGCUGCUUCCCCUCGGCGACAGGUGGCUGGUCCAUCGCGGGCCCGCGACCCUCCCAGCAUGGUCGUGCAAGGGGACUUCCGCAAGGUGAGCGGUAUCAGCACAGAGAUCUUCCGCCAAAUCGAAACCGUCGAGAACGACCACGAUGCGUCGACGGCAGCGGCUCUCGAGGCGGUGGAGCGACGAGGGGAGAUGGUCGUGCGCCUGCUGGACCCGCGCACGCUCAGCAAGGGGGCGUACGACCAGGCGAAGCGGUUCUUAGCCCUGCAGAAUGUGAAGUUUAGCGUGCAGAUGGUGGAGAUCGUGAAGCGGCCGGGCCAGACCCUCGGCCUGUACAUCCGCGAGGGCAACGGCGCCGACCGCGCGGAGGGCGUCUUCAUCUCGCGCAUCGCGCUCGAGUCGCCCGUCUACAACAGCGGCUGCCUGCGCGUAGGCGACGAGAUCCUGGCCGUGAACCUAGUGGACGUGACGCGCAUGGGGCUCGACGACGUGGUCAUCAUCAUGAGCAUCCCGCGGCGCCUGCUGCUCACCACCCGCUCGCGGCGAGGCGGUCGAGGGGCGCCGCCGUCGCCGCAGCCGCGCCACGAGCCCAAGCCGCCGCCGGUGGUCGUCAUCAAGAAGGAGUACGAGGAGGAGCCGCUGGACGACUCCAACAGCAACGGCGAGAUGCUGCGGCUGGGCGCCAUGGGCCGGCCGCCGCCGCCGCCUUCGCGCCCGCCGCCCGGCGUACCUCCGUCGCAGGAGUCGCGCUUCAGCACGCUGCCGCGCUACCGGCCGCCCGAAAACAUGUCGGCGCUGCGGCACGAGGAGCCGCUCAUGUACUACGGCACCAGAGGCAUCCCGCCCAAGGGGCCGUACGGCGUGCCCCAGCAAGGGCCCCCGGGCGUGCCCCCAGGCGCCAUGGGCCCACACGCCACGCACCCCGGCUACCAGCCCCGCAGCGCGCGCCAGGCCAGCGUGCCGCUACCGCCGUACGGGCCGCCGCCACGCCCGCCGCUUGGCUCCGACAUCGAGCGCUACUACCAACCGCCGCCGCCCGUCAUCACGGAGCAGCCGCGGCCGCAACAGCAGCAGCACUUCACGCCGUACGAGCGCUCGUACCCGAAGACGCUGGAGUCGCUAGCGGAGCGCGUGCACUCGUUCCGGGCCACCCGGCACGGAGCCCCCGAUGGCUGGGCCGCCGCGCCAGGACCGCUCACGCGAGCCGCCCAUGUACGGCACGCUGGGCCGCACGACCACCGUGGGAGGCCCCGCCUGGCGCGCACGCUCAGCGACCAGCGGCUGCCGGCGACGGAGCGCGAGAGCCUGAGCGACUACGAGGGCAGCGGCCCGUCCGCGCGCCGCAUCAAGGCGUCCACGCUGCAGUACCCGUCGGGGGCGCAGGUCACGGACCGCGCUACACUCGAGCGCUACCAGGAGACCAUGCGGCGCCUGAGCGCACUGCGCCAGAGGACGCGCUCGGUGGACUACGCCAGCGACACGGAAGUCACGCUGCCCCGCUCGUCGCUGCUGGCGCGGGCGAGGGGCACGCACCACGUGCCCGCCGGCGGAGCCGCGGCCGCGCGCUCCAACUCCCUGCCGCGCCACUCGCGCCACCGCGGUGGAUCCCACGUGCGCUUCGAGGCACGCGGAGGCCCCGCGGUGAGCGAGGACGAAAGCGACGGCGCCGUCAGUGCCCCGGAAAUGCCCACGGGCACCGAGAGAGCACGUCUACCUUCAUCGCCGUCUAUCUUCACUUCUGACGAGUAUCGGGCGUGGCUCAGUCGCGCGCCCUCCACCAGUGCCAUCUAUGAGCGGAUAAGGAAAUCACACGAGAGGCUACGCACACAGAGAGGCGGGAUGAGGUUCACUUACAGUGCAGAGAACCUCACUGAGAAGACGAGAGAUGUAAGUGGACGAGGAUGAGUGAACAACUUUUCUGGAAAUAAAAUAACCCUUUUUGAAGCGCCGUUCUACGUCCAGCGCCUGCACUUGGGCCCCGGAGCAGGCACGCCCUCGAGGCAGCUCGGUCGUCUGGAGCCUCCCUCUCGGCGGGUGCGGGCGGCGCUGGAAGAGGCCAGGGGUGUCCCACACCCCUCUCCCACCAGAGGACGCCCUGCGCUCAGGCUUAUUGACAUCAACCCCGCAGAGUUCCUGAAGUACAAAGUGGGCGUAGGCAAUAUGGGCGGCGUGACGGAAGGCGUCUCGGGGAUGCUGUGGGUGCACCUGCUGGCGGGUCGCGGGCUCAAGGCCGCCGGCAGGUCAGAGUUCCGCGACCUGUACUGCGUGUUGGAGUGCGACCGGGUCCACAAGGCGCGCACGGUGGUCCGCACCGGGGACCUGAACUUCGACUGGGACGAGACCUUCGACCUGGAUCUCAUCAACAACAAGGAAUUGGACUUCUUGAUAUACUCAUGGGACCCGCAGUUCAGGCACAAGCUGUGCUACAAGGGCUCGGUGCACCUGGUGAGCCUGCUGAAGGAGUCACCGCUGCACCAGCUGGCGCUCAAGAUCGAGCCCCGCGGGACGCUGUACCUCAAGCUGCGCUACACACCGCCGCGCCAGGCCUUCCUCAGGACGCCCGCCAGCCGCAAGAACGCGCUCUUCGGCGUCGACCUCGACACGGUGUCGAACCGCGAGAGCGGCGGCGGCACCGUGCCGCUGCUCAUCGCCCGCUGCGUCGCCGAGGUCGAGCGCCGCGGACUCGACAUCAUCGGCCUCUACCGGCUGUGCGGAUCCGCUACCAAGAAGCGGCUGCUGAGGGACGCCUUCGAGAGGAACCCCAGGCUCGUGGACCUCUCCUCGGACAACGUGCCCGACAUCAACGUCAUCACAGGCAUUUUGAAAGACUACCUCCGGGAGCUGCCAGAACCCCUCUUCACAAAGUGUCUGUACCAAAUGCUGGUCGACGCUCUCACCGUCAUGCUGCCUGACGACCCCGAAGGAAACGCCAAGCUGAUGUUCUCCAUUCUCGAUUGCCUUCCCAAGGUUAACAGGAUGACUUUGUUCCUGCUGAUGGACCACCUCCGCCUGGUGGCCAGCCAGUCCGAGAGGAAUAAGAUGACCACGCAGAACCUGGCCAUCUGCUUCGGCCCCGUCCUCAUGCUCCAGAGCGAGAGCCAGGAUCCCAUGGACUUCCACCAGCCGAUCAGUAUCCUCAAGUUCCUCCUGGACCUGUGGCCUUCCAAGUCAGUUUUGGGCCUAUAA